GACGGAAAGAGAAAGAAGUCGAACGGCUUUUGCCGCGCAAACGACAGAUUUACGACCCCGAGCUUAAAAUUCCGCGAUCGAUUUCGCGCUGGCGCGUUAUCAGUCUCGUUCGCACGGAUUAAUCGUCCUUAUAAUAAAAGAAUGAAGUCGCCAAGGAGGGAAUGAAACUGUCUCUUGUCAGUCGUGUGCUUUGCGAGAUACCGUCGAUAUAAUCGGUACAGUGUUGCAGUUUACGCUAGUUUUAUACUUGGUUCUACGAGUUAUUUUAUGGUGCAAUAUAUAGCUGUGCUGAAGAAUAUAAGGUUUUAUCAUUUUUAUAAUCGUUCGAUGAGAUAUUGAUUUAGGAAACUAUUUUCGCAGUAAAUAAUUCAGGAUUUUUACAAGAUUUCACGAAGAUAAUAGCCUGCGAUACCUCGAAUCUAUCGAGCACAUUGUACCUUCGUCGACUGUCCGGUGAAGUUACUUUAUGUAAUACCAAAACAUGAAAGUCGAGAUUGUCUUGAUCCUGCUGUGCGGUGCGAUCGCAAGCCUAGAAUGCCGUCGCAUCCCAGGCAGCGGUAGACCGACGCAAGGCAGAAAAGUCAUUGAAGCGGUGCCAAAAUCUCAGAGACCGACGUUCCUGGCCUACACUUUGGGUCACGGCUUCAUGGAACAAUAUCGAAUGGAAAGUCCUCACGUGUUUCCCUUCCCGACCUUGCUGCAAAUAUCGUCGGAGCUCGAAGAUAAAUUCCAGGCGCUCAAGAAGCCGAAGAACUUUACGAGCGAUCUCUACCUAUUCGUCUCGGAGACCUUCCGGCUCAGCUCGGCGGAUAUGUUCUCGCUCAUACUGCGCCGCAAGUACUGCUUUCCUCACGGCAAGUGCAUCGAUCUCGAGAACAUCGGCGAGCUUUGCUGUCCCUUCUGAUGAUGUUUCGCCACACAGGAUUUUUAAUUCUCGUGAUAUUUGAAUUUCGCGCCACCUUUUGCAUAUAGCUAUAGACUGUAAUUGGUGAUUCUAAGAAAAAAUUCAAUUUACACAUGUUAUCGAUAGGAUUGUCGAGUGAUUAUACAUUGAUAACAUCGCUGAGGCAAAGACACUCAUUAUUUCGCAAAAACGCAACAGAUCGUUUUGAAAUAUAAUGUAUUAGAAUAGAACAAAGCUUUAAUAAAACCAUUAGCUAAGAAAAUAGUAACAUUAACUUGAUGCAUUUUCUUUUACUUAAGAUAAAAUUAUAAUGUGAUAAACGUUUUAUGCGAUAUUUUAUUUGUAAGAACUUGUAUUAAUUAUUACGUACUUAUACGAGUGCAGCUAAAUGCCAAGUUUUCAUGGAAAAAAGUAAAAUUUCCAUGUCAUUUGUGUUUUGUUGAGGGCUCGUAUUAUAUUCUUAUUAUAAUAUAAUGUAGCGAUAAUUUAUAAUACCCUUUACCUUUUGUAUCAAAUAUCUGUAUAAAAAGUUGUAUUAUAUACAAUGAAAGAAAUAAAAAAACGUAUUAUAUUAUAAAUUAUUCAAAAAUAAAAUUGUAAACUUUUACCAACUUCUACGAUGCAUCGAACGACAGUAAUCGCAAUCUCUAUAGCAAUAAAACAAAAUUUAUUUCAUCAUUCUGAAAAAAGAUUAAAUUUAAUCUAAAUAACGCUUCGAGUAAACUCUAUCUAAAUCCACAAUAAAGUAUUAUCAAAAAUAUGACUAAAUGUUUUUGCGAUAUACUCGUAACAAAAAUUAGAAAAGAAUCAUUGAAUAAUAUAAAUCACCUUUAUAAUUAAAACAAUAACCUAUAUAUUAUCCAGAUUUUACAGUAGAAAUAAGAUUUACGAUUUUUGAAACUAUAAUUUUAUUUUAUUUUUAUUUAUUUUUUUUUUUUUUUGAAAAUGUGCUUUUGUGAGCAGUGAUAUGCAUAUGUAACAAAAUAUAAUUAAUAUAACAACAAAAACAAAGUCAUUACGAAAACGAUCAGCACAAUUAGACAAGCAGCUAGUAUAAAUGUUAGGUGCUUAUGCUCUUCAAAUAGCAUCACGUGUUUCAUAACUCUUCGUUACGUACAGUUAUAAUGUAUAUAAAUACGAAUAACUUUACAAUAUAUGGCAUCGAUUUUUAUUUACGCUAAACCAAAGCGCGACACGAGUUCAAGAAUAGAAUAUAAUUUACAAAUAAAAGGCUCUAGACGUGAUGAGCCAAUAAAACGAUUACAAACAAAAAUUGAAUAUUCGUGUUGUGCUUUGCUUGGUCGAGUGUCAAGUGUAUAAUAUAUAAACCAACUGUUAUGUUCAAUAAAACAACUAAAAUGUUACCUCCAAACAACAUCGUGGAUUAAUACGUGCAUUGUGUAUCUUGUGAUCUCUUGUAAUAUAAUGAAUCAUUCGCAUAACGUGCAUAUUCAAAGGUCUCCUU